CUGUGGCAUGGCCUUUUUAAAAAAUCCAAUAUGGUUCAUCCUUGAAAGGUGUAAUUCAUUAUUUGGCAUUAUGCAUUAGGAAUAUAUAGUUGCUUGGUAGGUGAUCUUAAAAUGUUUUAGGUUUACAGGAGGUAUUUUUACAAUGGGCCUCUAAUGCUCCCUUGUAAAUUGCUAUCGAGUUACAAUGCAUGCAUUCAAAAUGCUCUUCUGUAGUAUGUAACAUGUUUAGCUCUUGAAUGAAAGCACAUUCAUACUAUCACAGAUUGUCCGUUACCUCCACUGCACUGUGGAUCAUAUUUUCUGGGUGCAAAGACUGUCCUGAUAACGGAUAUGCGAAGAGCGACCACCUCGACAUUAAUGUUGUAUUUAGCUCAGACAAACCGACAGUAAAGGUACUUAACUCAAGCAACUUCAGAUACACACAGAAUGGGAUUUUACACAUGUUGGACAGAAAUAAGAGAAUCAAGCCACGACCAGAAAGAUUCCAGAACUGCAAAGAUGUUUUUGAUUUGAUCCUAACGUGUGAAGAAAGAGUCUAUGAUCAAGUAGUAGAAGAUUUAAAUUCCAGAGAGCAGGAGACGUGUCAGCCGGUACAUGUGAUCAACGUGGACAUCCAGGAUAACCACGAGGAGGCCACCCUGGGCGCUUUCCUUAUCUGCGAGCUCUGCCAGUGUAUACAGCACACAGAAGACAUGGAAAAUGAAAUAGAUGAGCUGUUACAGGAAUUUGAAGAGAAAAGUGGAAGGACUUUUCUUCAUACUGUCUGCUUUUAUUAAAGCACAUCUGUCUCUUAGGCCUUAAUACAGAUGAGGGAAGCAUGUGUUUAAAGUUCUGAUUAUACUGUAUUUUCCUGGGAAAUUAAUAUUGAUCUUUUUUUUUUUUGUUGGAAAAACUCCUUUUCAGUGUCUUUUUGUUUUGUUUCAGGUAUUCUGUCACAGGUAGGCAGAGAUACUGGUUGGGGCUGUACAUAUGAGAUGAUAAAAGUAUACGCAAAGGCCACCUAUUUAAAAAAUGAAAAUCAAGUUUUUCUUUAAAUCCUACUUAUUACAAGUAGGUAUUUAAUUAUAAAGAGAAUGUUUCUUGAAUAUAAGUUUAUAAUGUAUUUUUCCAGCUUACAAAUUUAUUUUAUUUCAGUUGUGCUUUUUUUUUAUUGUUUUAAUGUGACAGAAUGGCUGAACUACGUGCGGAUAUGAAUGGAACAAUGGAAAUACGAGUAUCUGUUUAUUAUUAGAUAUAAAGUUGGAAGCAUCCAAUAAAAAUGAAAAAGCCUGGAAGUUUGUCUGUCUUC